GCUGAGGUUUUAAAACCAGACUCCACCUUGGUCUGGACAGAGUGGUGUAGAAGUCGAGGAGUGUCAUUCUGGAUGUGUGUGUCAGGUCCAGGUGCAGGUGCAGGUCCAGGUCCGAGCUGUAGAGACUCAUCAACCGUUAAGUUCAACCUAAAAAAAACUACAAGCUGCAGAAAAUAUUCAACAAGCUCCUUCAGUGGCUUCCAAUGGAGCCCAGAACUGUCAUGAAGAGUAACUAUUUCAUCGUCAUCCGUGGGAAGACCAGGAAAGGAUUCAGCCGAGGAUGCAUUGGCCGAGUGGAAACAGAACUGCCGAACGGCGAGGUGAUGGGGCUGCUGUACUGCUCCGGCAGCAACGCUGUGACUCCCAAGAGCGGUGGUGUGGUGAGGCGAGAGGACACUUACCCCUUAACCUGUCACCAGGCCCAGCUCCUGCUCUUCAUCUCCUCUGCAAGUAAACGACUGGAGCUGUUGUGUAACCCGCAGCUGUUUUCAGCUAUCUGUGAUCUGUCGCCCAACGAUCUGGUGGUGGUGAGACACAAGAAGGGCCACAUGCCUGGUCUGGUGAAAAACCUCAUGCAAAUUGGGAGGAAAGAGAACAAAGACAACCUGUACAUGCUGGGCUUUGAAGUGGAGUUUGUAGACAGUGAUCACAAUCUGUCGUCAAAGAAACCCACGUCUUCGCCCUUGUUCAGUGCGGCAGACAUCAUUCAGGUGGUCCCAUCCUACUCUGUUCCACUUGGACUACAGUGGAAAGAUGGCCAAUGUCAGGGUCAGGGCAGAAAAGCAGUGACGCGCAUAAACUCUAUGCCAAAUAUCGGAUCAUCUUCACAGCAACGUCAAAGCCACAGCACUGAACUGCAGCGUCCCGUUCUCAGCCACUAUCUGGGAACAUCUCCUGUACCUCUGGAGGUGGGAUCCAUGGUGGAGGUGGUGUCCAGCACAGGGAUCACGGUAUAUGGGGUCAUUCGAUGGAUGGGGGUCCUACCAGGAAAGACAGAGAAAUGGGCUGGAAUAGAAUUGGACUAUGACGUAAACGGUUGUAGCGAUGGAAAACGUGAAGGCCUGAGAUAUUUCACUUGCAAAGGGAACAGAGCACUGUUUGUUCCUGUGACCAAGUGCAGCCCUGAUGGCAGGUUCGUCUACUCAUCAACAGGAAGAGAAACUCCCAAACUACGCAUCGAGAUGCCCCCAGUUCCACCAUAUGAAGAAUCUGAGGACAACGUUUCUCCAAUCCCUGAGUCUGAAGCGCUGUCUCUGCUAGUGGGACGUAUGAAGGGGAUUCAGGGCCACAUCAACUCCUGUUAUCUAGAUGCCACUCUUUUCAGUUUGUUCAGCUCAUCAGUGACCCUGGAUAAUAUCUGCCAACAGUCUGCUGACACAGAACAACCCAUAACCUGCACGCUCAAGAAAAUAAUCAACCGCUUACGCCGGCAAGGAUUUGUUCCAGCUGAAAGUGUGAUGGAUUUUCGCAAGCAGCUUGGCUGUGAUACAUUUAAAGUAGAAAGAGUAUUUUUAAACCCCAACCUUCUCUUAUGGAUUGUUUUGACAGAUCCAGAGGAGUUCAUCACAGUCCUUUUCCAAAAGGUGCUUAGCCUGGAGCCGCUGCUGAAGCUCAGAACCAAACGUGAGGCGUCUCACGGUGCCUACACUCUGCAGAUCCUUCUGGAAAAAGACCAGAUGGAACAGGUGCCCACUGUCCAACAGCUCCUGGACACAUCCUGCAUGUCGGGGGAACUGAAGUUUGAGGACGUGCCGUCCUUUUUAAUUGUCCAGAUGCCAAGGUUUGGAAAUGCGUAUAAAAUGUUUCCUCACAUCAUUCCCUCCACUGAGCUGGACAUCACUGAUCUACUGUACAACUCGCCGAGGGAAUGCUUCAUCUGUGGUCAUCUGGCUCAGUACGAGUGUCUUCAGUGUCUGUCAGACCGCAAACUGCAGCCGGGAAGAAUCAAACAGUACUGCUCUACCUGCAACACACAGGUUCACAGUCAUCACACACGACAGAGCCACUCCCCUAAAGCUCUGGAGGUUUCGCUCAACGCGGCCUCGGUCGCCCCUGUGCCCAGACACACCAUGCAGCUGUUUGCUGUUCUCUGCAUUCACACCAGUCACUAUGUUUCAUUUGUCAAAUAUGGCUCUGAUCCUCACGCCUGGCUCUUCUUUGACAGUAUGGCAGACAGAUGUGGUGACGAUCACAAUGGUUAUAACAUUCCUGAGAUCCAGGCCUGUCCUGAGGUGGGCGACUUCCUGCACCUGCCAGUGGAGGAACUGACUCGAAGCAGUCUCUCGCAGGUCCCAGAACUCAUGCGCAGGCUGCUGUGUGACUCCUACAUGUUUUUAUAUGAGAACCCAGCUGGGCCACUUUGCCAGCCAAACCAUCAGGUGCCAGAAAUAUAAAUGAGAACACUGUGUUCUGACAACACUGCCCUAAUAACACUGCUCUCUCAGCAACACGUUGUGCUGUUUUUUUGGUUUUGGUUGUUUUGGUUUUUUUUUUUUACCUCCAAAUAGCAGCAGGAGCUGACGUGGGGGAUAGAAGUCACUGAAGCAGGGAUCACUUUUGACCUUAAGCCUGUCAUUGCAGCUCAGAAAGGUGACAUUGAUUGAUGUGCUGAUGUUGAUACUAGAGGAAUCAAAGAAUGAGCAGUAAGUUUUGUAUGACUUGCACUGUACUCCUAAUCAUUGCCUACUUUACUCUUUCACUGACUUCCUGUUUUAUUUCAGCUAUUAUUUAUAUUUAAGUAUUCUAGGGAAAUUGUGCUUAUUUUUAACUUCACCGGUAACUGUAUAUUUUAAAAUCUAAAUUAAAGUUUUAAAAAAAUAUGAUACAAAUGUGA